AUGGAGGAGGAAGCGUCGACCGGGUAUGCGUGGGAGGGCGCGCUGGAGCGCAGCUGGGACGUCAUCGAGGAGGACGACUCGGGCAACCUCAAGAUCGACCAGGCGGUCAAGAAGCAGCAGCGGCAACGUCGACUGGAGAUCGCGCGCAAUGUGCGCAAGGGCCUGAUCCGCUACACGUACGUGGUGAUGGACCUGUCGCGCGGCAUGGCCACCAAGGACUGGAAGCCGCACCGCCUGGCCUGCGCCAGCGACGUGCUGCAGCAGUUCGUCAAGGACUACUUCGACCAGAACCCCAUCUCCCAGCUGGGGGUCAUCGGCAUCAAGGGCAUGACGGCCGAGAAGCUCAGCGACCUGUCGGGCAACCCCAACACGCACAUGGAGCGCAUCGCGGCCGCGCUGGCCGUGGAUAAGGAGCCGUCGCUGCAGAACGCGCUGGAGAUCGCCAAGAGCUCGCUCAAAACCGUGCCCGCCUACGGCAGUCGGGAGAUCGUGGUGGUCUACGGCAACCUCGUGACGGCCGACCCGGGCGACAUCUUCCAGACGCUGGCGUCGCUCAAGCGGGAGAACAUCCGCGUGUCGUUCAUCGGCAUCGGAGCCGAGAUGCACCUGCUGCGUCGCAUCGCCGACGGAACCGAUGGCACGUACCAUGUUGCAGUGGACGCCGAGCACAUGAAGAGGCUCAUGACGGCGUUCACCUUCCCGUCGCCUACAGUCGCGACCGCGGCCUCGCGCUUCGCGACGCUGGUGGAGAUGGGUUUCCCGCAGCGACGCAGCGGCGCGCUAUCGCUCUGCACCUGCCACCAAGCGUUCACGACGGUGGGGUAUCUGUGUCCGCGCUGCAAGUCCAAGAGCUGCGACCUGCCGACGACCUGCCAAGUGUGUAACCUGCCCCUCGUGUCGUCGCCUCACCUUGCGCGCUCCUACCACCACUUGUUCCCGGUGGCCAAGUUCACACAGCAUCUGCUGCGCUCCGGAGUGACUGGCGAGAAGGGAGCCAAGGUCACGCCCUCACUCGUCCAGAAGAAGUGCUUCGGCUGCCUGCUGCCGCUGGGGCUGGAUGGAGAGGGCACCGCGUACGAGUGCACCACCUGCCAGAACGUCUUCUGCUCCGAGUGCGAUAUGUACGUGCACGACUCGCUGCACAACUGCCCGGGCUGCAGCUAA